AUGGGUGCUCAACAAAGCCAUCAGGCUCGAAGGACCUCCACUUCUUCAUCCGGCACCAGUAAACGAGGAGGGAGUCAUGUUGGCAAUAUUUCAAAAGAACAACAAUCAAAGGAAUCAACGAGUAAUAGCAGCAGCAAUAGCACGGAUGACGAGAUUGAAUCAUUUAAUCUUUCAGCCAAUGCCACAGCCAUUCGACGAAAUGAGGUUGCUAUGAAUCGAACGUCGCAUAGCAACAGCAACAACAAUAGCCAACAGCGUAUCUCAACCUAUUCCACGACAUCAUCAUCAUCGGAUCAGUCAUCGCUUGGAUCCACUCUUUUCUCACUUGCAUCUACCACCACCACCAGUAAUAGUAUAGGUACAACACCACCCUCUUCAUUCUCAUCCUGUCACUCGUCCUCAGCUAAACGUCAUCAUCAUGGUCACGAGGGGAUCAUGAACAAUAAUGCAUACGGUGGUGUGCGACGCUACACUGCUUCUUCUCGCCCCAACAAGAUCGUCGAUAUCUUUGCUAGCCGUGUGAGUACCACGAGUAGCCGUGGGUUCAAUACAGCUUCACUUCCACUCGAUGUCGACUAUGCUUUCAACACGCUGACGACCCUUGCCAAGACCGAUUGUGCAGCACAUGUACCAUUAGCUAUCUGCUACGAUUACGGUUUCACCCCGAACAGACAACAGGAUCUGCAAAAGGCAUUAAUGUGGUACAAGCGAGCUGUUGCAGGAUCCAAUGAUGAUACACAAAAGACAAUGAUCGCCUUUGCGCAUUACCGUAUCGGAGUCAUCCUUUCUUCUCUUUCAUCCACCAGCAGCAGCAGUAGUCGUCGACACCAAAAACAGAAACGAGAUAAACAACAUGAUAGCACAACAACAGAAGCAUCAUCAGCCGUUGUAGAACAUUUUCGAAUGGCGGCAACACAAGGCAAUGCAAUGGGACAAUACGCCCUUGGAAUGUGGUACCUGAAGCAGCAAGAGAUGUCUCAUGCACGAGAAUGGUUGAUGGCAUCGGCCAACCAGGGCUGUGAUGUAGCACAAGAAGCGCUUGGUAGUCUGUUGAUUGAUUGUUCCAAAGAUAAUGAGCAAAGUGAAAAGCAAAAAGGAAUACAUUAUAUCCGAUUGGCAGCAGAUCAGGAUAAUGGCAGAGCUCUUUAUCGAUUGGGGACAUUGUAUGAAGAAGGGGCUUUGAUUACUCAAGAUACAACUCAUGCUAUGACAUUCUAUGAACGAGCUGCCUUGGUUGCUGAUAACAGUGAUGAUGACCAUAGCAGCAGCAGUCUUCGUGCUCGCGCCCAUUAUGCAGCGGGGAUCCAUCGACGUAUCGUCUUGUGCGACUAUGAGAAAGCAUUGCAUCACUUGAGUGUGGCUGCCAAAUGUGGGCAUGCAGCUGCACAGCGAGCAUUAGGAUUGAUGUAUGCCGAAGGGCUUGGUACCACACGCGAUGAAAUCAAGGCACACAAGUUGUAUAGCAAGGCUGCUGCUCAAGGUGAUAUACGUGCUCUAGGAUUGUUGGCCAAGCAAUAUGAAACAGGCCGUGCAUGUGUGAUGGAUGUCAAACGUGCUCUCUACUUGUAUGAAAAAGCGGCCGCUGCUGGAUCAAUCGCUGCUACUCUUUCACUCGCCGAGUUGUUACAACGCAAUGGUCGUCUCACUGAAGCCUUUCCUUGGUUUGAACAUGUCGCUUAUGGAACAACAACACCAUGCGAAGACGAUGAGCAGACGCAAUUUCGAAACAAGGCACGACUCAUGGUGGCACGUUAUCGACUGCAAGCAUGGGGCAAUGUGGAGCGUAAACCAGCAUGGGCGUUCAAUGAGCUGUUGACAUUGGCCGAUUGUGAUUGUUAUGCACCUGCGUAUGUGUGGGUGGCCACUUGCUACAAACAAGGUGUGAUGGAUGAUGCGUCAGUGGUGGUUGUACAACGCAACAUGCUCAAGGCGUUCGAAUACUAUGAAAAGGCAGCACACAGUGGCGAUGCAGAUGGACAAUUCCAAGUGGCGCAUAUGCUUGCUAAUGGCAUCACCGAGCAACCAGUGGGGAAUCUCAUUGCCAAGGAUACAGCACGUGCUCUCGAAUGGUACACCAAAGCUGCCGAUGCAGGUCACAUGACAGCUCAAUAUAGCCUUGGUCUCUUUUUCGCCAAUGGUAUUCCACCUGCCACAAAAGACAUCGAUCGUGCUUCUCGUCUCUUUGAACAAGCUGCUUUGCAAGGUUCGGUUGAUGCCAUGAUUCAACUCGCCAAGAUCAUUCUACACGACAAUGGACGUGAGGCUCUUUAUUGGUUACAAAAGGCUGCUGCUUCUGGUGAUCCUUCUGGUGUAAGGGAACUUGCUGCUAUCUACGAAUCCGAUGUGGCUCUCCCAUUCCUCAAGAACAAGGAUGCUCGCUACAAUGCCGCAUAUCAACUCCUCAAGCGUACAGCCGUUGAGCACAAUGAUCCACUUUCUUGGUGUGCUUUAGCUCGGUACCACGAGAAUGGAUGGGUGGUGUCACAAUCCAUGGAUGAAGCUGUUGCAUGCUAUUCCAAAGCCGAAAAUCUGGAUCACCCAAGGGCGGGCUUAGCAAUGGCUGACAUGUUUGAACGACAUGAGAUGUGGGACAAGGCAAUGGACAAGUACACUUCCUUGGCGACGACACACAAGAUGCUUACGCUUGUCGGUUGGAAAGCAAGGCUUGCUAAAGGAAGAUUGGUGCUAUCUCACAAUCAAGGCACCCUUCAAGAUAUGGCUGAUGUCUAUGGUUGGCUAUCUGAAAUGGUCGAACACAAUACUCCUGGUGACAAAUCCAUUGAGCCAUUCGAAAUGCUUGGUGCGUGCUGCGACUAUGGAAAGGGUACAACAAAAGAUGUCACUAGUGCCAUGACGUGGUACGAAGCAGCCAUCAACGUUCAACCUGUCAAACAUUCACCAAAUUGGAUACAAGAACGAGCUCGUUUUCGGCUUGCCAUGCUGCAUAUGGAGAUUGAUCAGCACAAAGACGCCUUCAACUACUUUAAGCAAUUUGAACCAUUGUUGGAACAAAUGAAUCAUCAUUCACCAGAGACACGUCAACAUGCAAGAGUUAUACGUUACCACCUUGGUUAUCUGUUACAUCAUGGCAAAGAUGUGGAGCAUGAUAGAGCAGCAGCGAAGCAAUGGUUUCAACAAGCUUGUGAUGAAGGAGAAGGACGAGCUGCCUAUGAACUUGGCAUGAUGGCAUUGGAGGAAGACGAUGAUCAAGAAGCACGUAAACGAUUUGAUCAAGGUGUAUCUGCACGACACGCUGGAUGUAUACGCCAAUUUGCACUUGUUCUCGAACGUGAUCAACGUGAUGAGUUGCAUUGGGAUGGCCAUGAUGUGAUGGAAUGGCUUGAAGAUGCCGCAAGACUUGGUGAUAUUGAAGCCUUGAUUCAUCUCGGCAGAGCUUAUGAGUAUGGCCUCGGCAAAGAUUAUCCUUCAGGUCAGCUACGCACUGCAUUACAAUUUUACGUGGCGGCUGCACAACAAGGACAUGUACGAGCGAUGGUGAAGGCUGGCGAACUAUAUAGCCGUACGGGUCGACAUUAUGAUGCGGUGUGUUUCUUCAAAAAAGCAGCGCCAAAGGAUUUGACAGCACGUGCCAUGUUAGCAUCCUAUCGACUUCAAGGCAAAGGUGGAAUGCAACAAGAUGGAAGCUUUGUGUAUCUUGAAUCGUUGGUGCGUGAAGCGUUGCUGAACAUGGAUGAUUGCUUGCGUAAUGAAGAGGAUAAGCAUGGCAUGGGAUUGGCACUCUUUCUAUUGGGACAAUGCUACGAGGUCGGCAAAGAUCCUGCACCUUUGGAUUUGGAGACAGCCAAAAAAUGGUACACAGUGGCUGUCAAUGUUGCAAGCCAUGCUGAAGCCAUGUAUCGCUUGGGUCUUAUUUGCAGUUUGCAAGAGAACGAUGAAGCCAGUCUUGAUUGGUAUCGAAUGGCGGCUGAAAAAGGACGAUUACGUGAAGCACAAUACCAAGUGGGUCUCUUUCACAAGGAAGGACGAGGUGGUUUGGAGAUCAACAUUAUCGCAGCACGCAACUAUUUUGCAAAGGCGGCUGAUCAAGGUCACCCACGAGCAAAGUAUGAAUUAGCGCACAUUCUAUGGCGUAAGGGAGAGCACCAAAAAGCAUUUCACUUGUACGACGUGGCUGCCAAAUUGAUGGUUCCUGAAGCAAUGCGAGCCCUGGGCAAUAUUUAUCAUCAAGGUUUCAAUGACGACAAUGCAUCAUCAUCAUCAUCAUCGCGAUACAGCAUACCACGUGACUAUGCCCGUGCAUUCACUUUAUUCUGUGAAGCAGCCAAAUUGGGUGAUGCCGUUGCUGCAUUAAUGGUUGGCACCUAUUUCCAAGAAGGCUAUUUGGAUCAGCAACAGGAUGAUGACAGCAAACGUCAUCAACAGCAACAACAACAACCUGAAUUCCAUAUUGGUGUUGACCAUGACCAGGCACUACAAUGGUACGAGAUGGCGUAUAAGCUUGGCUGUGGACCACUUGCUGAGAUUGCUAUUGGGAGUAUCAAGCAUACCAUGGCUACCAACGUUGAGAGUGAAUCAUGGGAAGAUGCCGAAGGAUUACAUGAGGAAGCUUAUACAUGGUUUUGCCGUGCAUCAAGAUCGAUGGCACCGGAGACACAAUACGCCACAAUCAUGGUUGCUCUUUACCAUAUUCAUGGUUGGGGCCGUGUUCAACAUGAUCCUUCCAAAGGGUUUCGAUUAUUGCGUGAGAUGGCGGAUGCAGGCGGCACCGAGGCGUAUGUGGAAUUGGCAAAGUGCUACGAAGAAGGAAUCGGCGUUGAGCAAGAUUUAGUUCAGGCUCUUACAUUUUGGGAGCUUGCAGCCGCAACUCACAAUGUGGCAGCUCUUUUGCGGGCUGGGGAGUUUCACGAACGCGGUCUAGCAGGCCAAGUCAAUAUCAACAGGGCAACCCGAUAUUAUGCUGAGGCGAGAGCUUCUGGAGCGCGUGUGAAUGGAACAGCCCCAUCCUCAUCUGCAUCAUCAUCUUCAUCUUCUUCAUAUACCCUAACGAUACACUCCUCCUCUUUUAUUAAUUCCUCCUCCUCCUCCCGACAGCAGAGUCAACAUGCUCUUGAUGAUCCAUCUUAUCCCUCAUUCUAA